AUGGCUUCCUCAGACUGGCACCUGUCCUUGAAGUUGCUGGAUCAGCCUAAAUCCACGUUCCACUUCCCCGAGAUGAUGCCGGGGGACGUGGCCCCCGGUGGGUACAGAGUCGCCACAUUAAAGCAGCUUGUUGCUGCACAGCUCCCAGACUCUAUACCUGACCCGGACCUCAUAGAGCUGGUCCAUUGUGGCCGUAAAUUGAAGGAUGACUUCACUCUGGAUGCCUGCGGAAUUCAGCCAGGAUCUACAUUGCACAUACUGAAAAAGACUUGGCCAGAGCCAGAAAGCAUUGCAGAACCUGUUAACAGAGCUACUGCAGCAAGGGAGUUCCGAAUGCUCCAUGCUGCUCUCCACUCACUACACUCCACGUAUAGAGACUCGGUGUACAAAAUGCUAACCAACAAAGAGUCUCUGGACCAGAUCAUCGUGGCCACACCGGGACUCCGGUCUGACCCGGUGGCUUUAGGUGUGCUGCAAGACAAAGACCUCUUUGUGCAGUUCACAGACCCCAACAUGUUAGACACACUCAUAAGCUCUCACCCAGCCCUGGUCAACGCCAUUAUCCUGGUUCUUCAUUCUGUAGCAGGAAGUACGCCGAUGCAGUCAGCCGCCACCGCCGCCUCUUCCCGCAAUGCAUCAGCCAGCUCCUACAGCGACAUGCCAGGAGGCUUCAUGUUCGAGGGCAUGUCUGAUGAUGACGAAGACUUCCAGUCUCAGGACAGCCCGGCGGGGCCAUCGAGCCGAGGAGGGAUAUCGGCGGGCAUACGACCGCUGUCUCUGAACCAUAGCGGCGCCACAGGCCCACGGCCAAUCACGCAAAGUGAGCUGGCCACGGCGCUUGCUCUUGCUAGCACGCCUGAAAGCAGUGCCGUCACUCCAACCACAGCCAGCCAGACUGAGCCCUCAGCUGGCGGACCCCCCAUGCCGGCCGGGACCCCUGUUAGCAACGACCUGUUCAGUCAGGCACUGCAACAAGCCCUUCAAGCCACCAACAUGUCUGCCCUGCAGGGCCGUUGGCAGUCUCAGUUGCAACAGCUCAGAGACAUGGGCAUCCAGGACGAGGAGCUAAUGCUCCGAGCGCUACAGGCCACUGAUGGAGACAUCCAGGCUGCUCUCGAGCUAAUCUUCGCGGGAGGGCCAGGACUUUGA